AGCUCGAGCAUCCUUCCAGAAAAAUACCACUGGAAGUUAAAGACUGCUCUUAUCCAGCUGACGUUAAAUCCGACACAGGAAAUCUCUUUGAAGACAAAGAGUAUAAAGAUGCCUUCAAUGAUGAUUGGCAACAAUGCUGUCCAGUCUGCCAUUCCAGACCUGGGAAAUGGAAAUAAUUCUGAGGCCAUUAAACAGGUUCUUGCUGUGAUUGAUAAGAAAGUUCGCAAUAUGGAAAAGAAAAAGUCCAAACUCGAUGACUGUCAGACAAGGAAGGUUAAUGGAGAACAACUGAAUCAGGAUCAACUGGAUUCCUUGACGAAGUACCAAGAGAUUGCCAACAACCUUGACUUUGCACGAGAACUGCAGAAAAGCUUCCUGGCAUUGGGUCAAGAGAUUCAGAAGGCAGUGAAGAAGACUGCGAGACGGGAGCAGCUGCAGCGGGAGGAGAUGGAUCAUCAGCGGCUGAAGACUGUUUUGGAGUUUCAGUUUGUACUGGACCAGUUGGGAGAUGAGAAUAUCAGACAGGACCUGAAACGACCUGACGCCACUGGUUCCCCAUUGCUCACUGACACUGACCUCACAUCCCUUGAUGAGUUGUACAAACUAGUGGGACCUGAUAGGAACUAUGACGUCAGGUUGACUGGCCAAUAUGAAGAGGCCUCAGUCCACUUGUUGGAACUAUUUGAGGGUCGAGACAAGGCUGUGGCAGGGACCACAUACAAGUCACUGAAGGACACUCUGGACAAAGUGCUGCUGAGUGGUUACUUUGACAGAGCACAAACUCAUCAGAAUGGGACAUGCGUGGAGGAAGAGGAACAAGACGAGCAGACUGUGGGGACUGAGUCUAUGGCUGGGAAGCAGCCAUCAGAACCUGAAGGAACGGCUACGGAAAAAUACAUAGAGCCAAUUCAAGUAGAAACCACAGAGUUUGUAAACAGACAGUUCAUUCCAGAAGCUAUGUACAGUAGUACAGACAAAGUCCAAGUGGAGAAGUGGGCAGUGGAGGCUCAGAUGGUGAAUUCCCUCCAGCACCAGCCCCCUGCCCAGCUGGCUACAGAGCCAGCCGUUACCGUGAACCAUGGCACCCCCCCAACUGCUGCUGACCCAGUGGUCAGGAAGCAGGUUGUGCAUGACCUCAUGGCCCAAAUGCAAGGGACGUACAACUUCAUACAGGACUCCAUGUUGGAUUUUGACGGCCAGGCUCUGGACCCAGCCAUCGUGUCCGCCCAGCCGAUGAAGCCUCUGCAAACUCUUGACCUGCAGCAGAUGGGCUGCCCUUCAACCCACUCAAAGUCCAGACUUCCUCAAACAAGUGCAGUGUCUCCACAGGAAUCCUCACAAGUCUCAAUGUCUCUCUCGUCUGACCAGUCUCCCACCCCAUGUUCCCUGUCCUCUGCUUUCCCACCUGUCUCCAAAUCCACCCAUACUGGAGGCAUCAAUGUCAAUGCCGCACCCUUCCAGUCAGUGCAAGCGGUAUUUAAUCUGAACGCACCUGUACCUCCAGCCACUGAUGGGCAAGCGGAUCCUCUGAAGCAGCCCAGCCAGUUCCCUGGUGGCUACGGUCAGGGCUUCAGCAGCCAAUCGGAGAGUACUGGAGACCAGCCUGACAUCCCACAGGACACAUUACAGUCAGUUGUUGCUGGCUUCCAGCCCCAAGACCACGUCCUGCCCGCAGCAGGAGGCCAUGAAGAGUCCUCUCCAGGCGCAGGCUUUGGACAGCCAGGCCAGUCUUUCUACAACAGCAGGGCCGUGCCCAGGGGGGGGCCCAGGAACGGCCGGGGCAUGAUGAACGGAUAUCGGGGCUCCUCCAAUGGAUUUCGAGGGGGAUAUGAAGGCUAUCGCCCUCCUUUCUCAAAUGCUCCCAGCGGUGGUUAUGGUCAAACCCAAUUCAAUACGUCUCGAGACUAUUCCAACAACACCUACCAACGGGAGGGAUAUCAGCAAAACUACAAGCGGGGAUCGGCCCAAGGACCACGAAGUUUGUCAAGAGGAAAUGCUCAAGCAAUGAGAUCCUAAAGGACCCGAAAGGAUCCUGAGGACCGUCAAGUUGCCCCACGUUUAACAUUCAGGAUUUUUGAAUGUGUUCGCCCCAGCUCACUUUUAUAACAAUGUUCUGUUUCUCAUUGGUCAAAUUAUUUUUUUUACUCUUGGCCUGCUUACCAGAUUCAGCCUGCUUUGGUCUGUCUAGAUCCUCUUAACAUUCUAACACAAAAUGCUGAACUUCUCCACAUGUAGGAUUAUCAGCGAGUCUGUGUGAUAUAAAACAACAUAGAUAUUCCUGUAAACUUGAAAGAUUUCAUUAAUUUAUUUUUUGUACAAAAUAAAUGCAAAAAAUACCCUGCCACUGUCGAUCUGAUUCCAUGAGAAUGAUUUCUUUCUGCCCUGUGCUGUCAGACACUUUCCCCUCUUGAUCUCUUAAUUUUCAAAAAGGCAUUUGUGUUUUCUUUUUUUCUUUUAACCUCUUGCGCCAUCACCUCUUUUUAUGCUGAUGUUAUUGGUUGAGACUGUUUCAAUAAAGUUGUGUUCUAUUACCUACUGUUCAAUGAUGCUUCUAUGCUUCUUUGGUUUGUGAUUGUAGGUUUUAUUUUAAUCCCGUGUUUGUUUAGGAAAAUGCAGAAAGACUUUUAUUGAUAACUUCACAUAUUACACACUGUCAAAGUACAAAGACAUAAAACUAAGUCAUGAAUAAAUAAAUGUUGAAAUGCCUGUACCUUCA